AUGGACGAUUCAGCACGUAAGGGCCAUACUGCCUCAGUCCCAGACUUUACGCGCUCGAUAUCUCAAAGUACGCCCGCUGUGGAAGCUGCCAUGGAAUCGCCCAUCGACGGGCACUCCGAAUGUGGCAGCAUGCGCAUCAGUGAGUCCGAGCUCCGGUAUGUUGGUGGUGAUCAUUGGGCGGCUAUUCUCGAUGGGAUCGCGGACUUGAAGGACCACUUUGAUCGUGACGAGCAACUUCGACUAGCUAACACCCCAGAUCAGCUCCCAGAUGAGCCGGGGCAUGACCUGUCCCGACCCAAGUCCGGGUAUGCGCUACUGUUGUAUGGAUGUCGCAAUAUGGCGUCUCGCAGCGAGAUUUUGGCUGCUUUGCCCCCUAAGGCUGCUGUUGAUCGCUACAUAUCUCGAUAUUUCAACUAUCUAGAUCUAGUUUCGUCUUCAGCAGUUCAUGGCCCAGGCUUCUUAAGAGAGUAUGAGGCAUUUUGGGCGAAUCCGUCCAGCGUGCCAAUCAUGUGGAUUGGUCUUCUGUUCAGCAUGAUCUGUCUUGCUUGUUUGACUACUGAUGCAUGGGAUGCUGAUGUGGAAUUUCUGUCCCUUCAGAUUGACCUUUAUCGAGAGAAGAUCGUCCAGUGCCUAGUGCUGGGCGAGUACACUAAAACAGGGCCGUACGUCUUGCAGACGGUCAUCAACUACGUCUAUGUCGAGUUUUGUCUCCGUACCGACGCGGAUCAAGAUACAUGGUAUCUGCUGGCCUUGGAAGUAAACCUAGCCAUGCGGAUGGGCUACCAUCGCGAUCCCCGUCAUUUCCCGGGCAUUUCGCCCUUCCAGGGAGAGAUGCGUCGCCGACUGUGGGCGACAGUCUUGAUGGGCGAUACACUUGUGUCGAACCAAAUGGGCAUGCCACGCAUGAUCUCCGAUUGGAAAUGUGACACAAUGGAACCACGAAAUUUGAAUGACACGGACUUCGAUGAACAGUCGACUAGCCUUCCUCCCUCGCGUCCCUUGACUGAAUACACCAAUUCCCUAGGACUGAUCGCACGACGACGGAUCCUAGCAGCACUGGGAACAGUGGCCGAUCUCACAGAUUCGGUUAAACCAUGUAGUUAUGCAGAGGUGAUGCGCGUCGACGGCGUACUCCAAGACGCGGCAGCCAGUAUUCCGCCCCUCUUGCAGAUGAAGUCCAUGGCCACGAGUAUGACGGAUCCUCCGCAGGUCAUCAUGUCGCGUUUGUUCUUGGGUCAUAUGGUCUACAAGGGGCAGAUUGUGCUUCAUCGCCGGUUUCUAUAUACAAGUUCAGCCGACCCGGAUCAUGAUUCGAUGAGCUACUCGCGAAAAGCCUGCUUGGACGCUUCGCUAGGCAUGCUGAAUAUCCAACAUGUGCUUGAUGAGGAAACAUGUCCAGGCGGUCAGCUCUAUACCAUGAGAUUUCGAGUGACAUCCAUCAUGAACCACCAGUUCCUCACUGCUACUAUGGUACUAUGUUCAAUUCUCCAUCGUGGGAAGACAAUACAGCGGGAACAAGAGAUCCGGGCGGCCCUUCAGCUUUCCAGGUCUAUUUGGAUACGAAGAAGUUCCACAUCUAAGGAGGCAACGAAAGCGGCUGAGACUGUUAGCUUCGUGCUCGCCAUGGCCGGCGAUGGUCACAAGCCCGAUCUCGCUUCUAACCAAGAUAUGUCCCACGAUGUGCAAGACAAUGAUCAAACGAACGCUUUCCAGGGAAGUCGUGCCAAAGGCACAUGUCAAAGUCUGGACGAAGAACUGCUAUUCCCGGGCAACAUGGGUUUAUUUGAUCCCGACCAUUUUGUUAUGACUGGCUCCUUCGGGAUGUUUACGUCGCCCGGUCAGCAAGACCAACACUAUGAGAUUAAUUUCAACGGAAUAGAGAGGCCACCUGACGAGUGGAUGCUGAAGAAUUUUCCUAGUCCAGCAUAG